AUGAGUUAUCCACAACAUUCAGUUAUUAAUAAUAACGAUGAUGAUGACUAUAAUACUACUAUUAAUGACAAGGAAUAUCAAAUAAUCAGAAAAUUUAAUUAUGGAAGAAACCUUAAUGUGUUUAGAGUGUAUAAGAAACCUAUUGAAACAGAAUAUUAUAUUAUAAAAAGAUAUGACAAUAUUGUUUCAUAUAAAAGAGAAGUAGAUGCAUUAGUUUUAUUGAGUGAGGCAAAGAAUAUUAUGCAAAUUGUAGAUCGUGAUCCAUCUAGAAUGGUAGUUGUUAGUGAAUGUGCACUAUAUGAUUUAGAAACUUUUUUCAAACACCAGACAUGGACCCAAAGACAAGCAGAAAAGGUGCCAAUAAUAAAAGACAUUGUGGCAGCAUUAUCUGAAUGUCAAAAUCAAAAUAUAGUUCACUUGGAUUUAUCACCAAAAAAUAUAAUGUAUUUUUAUGAUGAAAACUGGAAAUUGAUAGGUUUUGAUUCUGUAUGUACAGCAGAUAAAACCCAGGUGUCUAAAACCACAACAAUAAAAUAUCACAGUCCUGAAUUAAUACAAGCUGAAAAGGAUGGAGGACAUAAAAAAGCACAAUUUUCCAUGGAUAUGUUCUCAUUUGGAUUAAUUUUAUAUUACAUUGAAAAUGGUUAUUGGAAUAUUACUGAUCAAAAAUGGCCUGAUAAAAAAUUAUUAAUAAAUACUACUGAGGAUCCUCACACUGUUUAUGUUAUUGAGAAUUUGUUGGAAAAAAAUGUUAAUAACAGAAUGACUUUAGUUCAAUUUAAGGAAUCAAUAUAUUAUGAGAAACUAUCAAAAGUCAAUGUUCAAGAACAGACUUAUCAUGAAAAAUGUAAAGUGCAAAUUGAAAAAGAGGCCAAAAAACUUAAUCCAGAUAUAAAAGAUGAUGAACUAAAACAAAUGAAUUUUGAUUUACAACAGGAACAAUUCUUAGAAAGAUAUCAUCAAGAAAUGAAAAUAAGUUUGAAAGAUAUGAAUAAGAAAUUAGAUGAGGUUAAGACCUCUGUGUUAAACCUCACUGAAACAAUUCUGCGAAUGUUAAUGAAAACACAGAAUGAGAAAACACCUCGAGUUUUUAUAAUAGUGCCUGAACAUCAUGAGUUUAAAAAUCCAAUGUCCUGGUACACAAAUCCAUUCAGAAUGUAUUUUGUAUGUGAACACAAUGAUCAUUGGCAUGUACCAAAACAAGAGGGCUAUAUAAUCGGAAAAGUUCCUGAAUUCAUUAAAAAAUAUGGACCUUGGAUACAAUUGUGCAUUAAAGCCUUAGUAUUUGGAUCAUGCAUUGAGACUAGCAAUUUAUUUCCACAAGAAAUAAACAAUGUUCUUUUAGGAACAUUUAAUAUAAAAAUUGGCAACAGAAAUGAAGUUGUACAAUAUUUUCAAGAAAUAAUUGAUACAAUUGGUGUUGGAGUAAAAGAAAUCAAUGAUACUAAUCCUGAUUUAGUUCCAUUGGAACAUGAUAAAGAAAGUAAUUGUCAAAUUUUAAAUGCUUCUGGAAUACAUGCUUUAGCAAGUUUUGUUAAAAGCAAACAAAAAUCUGGAAAUUUUGGAGGCUUAGUCCAAUGCAUAAAUAAAAAAAACCAGAAUGUCAUAUGGUUAUGUGAUGAGCAUCAAAAUGAUAACAGUUAUAUACACUUUCCAAAUCGCCCAGCCAAGCCAUUUUUUCCAAAUUCAUCUCUUCCAAACUCUCCAGCCCCUUCAGCCCCUCCAACCCCUACAAACUCUCAGAUCCUUUCAGCCCCUUCAACCCCUCCAAACUCUCAGAUCCUUUCAGCCUCUCAAACCCCUAUUCAAUCUCUUCGCCGUCCAACACUUCCAUCUGACAAAUAUCAAGACAAUUUUCAUCAAGAAGUGCCAUGUUCAUCACUGCCUAUUCCAUUAGCUAGAUCAAAUUCCAAAGAUUCGAUUAUUAUUAUGAAUAUUGAUAGCCUGGUUCCAUUGAUGAAGUUGGUUAAUGACAUUCUUCUAGAUGUUUUUAGUAAUGCAUCUGAAUGCAUUCAUUUUGACACUGAUGAAACUAAAAAAGUUACAAAAGUUACACAAUAUAUGCAUGAAAAUUUGGAAAAUCUUAAGGAUCUUCAUCAGAAAUGGGAUUCCAGUGAUCAAAAAAAGCUCUUACAAACCAUACUAGAAAGGUAUAUUAUUGGUUAUGUCUAUUUUUUAACAGUGAUUUAUCGAUAUUGUUAUGAAUGGUAUAUAACAUCUACAAUUUUUGUUGAUGGCAGAGAAAACGAAAAUGAAUUGAAUAACAUCAGCAGUAACUUAGCCUAUAAUAAUGACAACAAGUGUGAAGAUAAAACACUCUUUAAUGAUAUUUUAGUGAUAAAAAAUAGAAGGUUAAAAGAAAAAAUUCUGGUUUUUGGAAAAGAGUUAGAUUCCAGAUGUUUCAAUAAUGAAGAUAAUAUAGAUUGCAUAGAGAAAGAAAUUUAUAUGUAUAGUGAACAAAAUUUGAAUGGCUCAGAUUAUAUUUUAAAAUUUCUAGGGUUCACUGUAGACAAAUUCAAACCAAUACUUCAUUAUGAAUAUGCUAACUAUGGAAAUUUGUACAAUUAUUUAAAAAACAAUGAAAAUUUGCCUGAAAAUGAAAAACUGACUUUGGAUGCCAAACUAAGCUUGUCUUUAGAUGUAUGUUUUGGACUUGAAUUUCUACAUGAAAAACGCAUUUUGCAUUUGGACUUGAGGAGUAGCAAUAUAUAUCUGUUUAAAAGUGGAUUCAGGGGUGAAUUUCCAAAACCAAAAAUUUCCAAUUUUUUAUACAGUGUAUAUAUGUCAAAUAAGCACACAAUUGUUAAACCAUGUUUACCAAACAGUAUCAAUAAUCAAGUUAGGAAAAGAUGGCAUGAACCACAGCGUUUACACAAUGAAAAGCAUUGCUGCACAGUUGAAUCAGAUUAUUAUAGUUUGGGAAUGUUGAUUUGGGAAAUAUUUAAUGCAACAGGUGCUUUGCCAUAUGAGGAAAUAGAAAUUGAGCAUUUAUAUGAACAUUUGAAAUAUAAAAAUGCAUGUGAAAUUUUUCCAAAAAACUUACUACCACAAUAUUCAUCUUUGAUAACUAGAAUAACUAAGUCAUGGGAGUAUGAUAUUAGUAAACAGACAACUUUAGCCACUAUGAUUUCAACAUUAAGAGGUUUUCACAAGAAAAAAAGAAGAACCUCAUCAACAAAAUGCAUAUUUCGAACAGUAAUGAAUCAACAAUACUUGACAAAAUCUGAAGAAGCAAUUCAAAAAUAUAGUGAAAUAGUUGAAUCAUAUAAUUGA